AUGGCUUUACUACAGCUCGCACGAAGGUCUGUGCCGAAGAGCUAUCCUAUCAUUGCUGGAGCGAGCAGUCAUUCCACUACACAGGUGCUCGAGUUCAUUGCAGACGCAUAUAAUACCAGUGCCAACUUUGGACUCAUUCUCCCUUGCGCGUACUUCGGCAAACAGACUGCGCCAGCCGUCGUGAGGAGGUUUUACGGAGAGGUGGCUUCAGUUUCUCCGCUGCCGAUUAUCAUCUACAACUUUCCGGCGGUCUGCAAUGGGCUGGACCUCGACGCAAACAUCAUCACCAAUAUUGCAAAGGAAUCACGCAAUGUUGUCGGCGUGAACCUGACCUGUGGCUCGUCAGACUUCCUGGUUGGCGGACUUGCUUCCGGCAGUGCAGGCCGUAUAGCAGCAUUCGGGAACGUUUUUCCGCAAGUCGUGGUUAAGAUCUAUGGAUUAUGGACUAGCGGUCAACAUGGUGAAGAACUCGCACUUCAGAGGCUGUUGGCUUCGGCGGAGACGGCCACAAAAGCGGGUAUCGCGAACACAAAGUAUGCUGCGACCAUUUUCACCGCCCCCAAAACAGGAAUUACGGACGCUGUGCGCUUGUUCAAGCUUCGAAGGCCGUAA